AUGAACCUGGGUGGCGACAUGCUGCCGCAGUAUCGACAAGAGACUCCGAAGACCUCGCCACACAUUAUUCUGCACUACUCCACGUUCAAAACCAUUUGGGAUUGGUCGAUACUGGCGUUAACAUUCUACACUGCGUUCAUGUGGUGCUUAGCUUUAACGCUGCACAAUUCUUCAACUCGAUUCUUUGAAAAACACAAGGUAAAAGUGAAGAAGACUCAUCAGAGUUUGAAAGACUAUGGUAACAUCAGUGAUAAAACAAAAUUGCACAGAUGGCUUCAUACGCGAAAGGGAUAUGUAGAUGAUGUGUAA